AUGGCAACGUGUGAUGAUGUGAAAUUGGAGGAGCUUCGCCGGCUCUGUGGUCUGGAAGUGGACGAACAACUCCGGGCCGGUGGCGAGGGCGGCCUUACAACCGAGACGUUGCGGCGUUGGCUGAUCGCCCGAAAAGGCAAUGUCAAGGAGGCGGCAAAGGAUUUACGAGCGCACGCUGCUUGGCGCGUGGGGUUUGUCCCAAAGGGACGCGUCGUCACUGAAGAAGUUCAAGACGACAUAAACCAAAACAAGGCCUUUCUUCCGGGGUUUGAUAAGUCUGGCCGCCCGUUCUGUAUCGUCGUUGUAUCCCGCCACCAAAUAAAGGAUGCCGAGGCAUCAAAGCGAUUUAUCGCAUACUCGCUAGACUGUGCAACCCUUCUUGGAUCGAACAAGCCCGACUGGGACGGAAAAUUGAAUGGCAUUUUUGACCUCCGAGGUCUCAAGCCGUCGAAUUGCGAUCUCGCCACACUACGCAAUGUUUUCGAUCUGCUGCAGCACCAUUACCCGGAACGGGCAAAGCAAAGGAGCCGCUUAGUAAUGAUAUUCCUGGCGAUGGCGGUGGUGGUGGUGGUGGAGUGGAAUAGUCCUGAUGUGGAUAUUCCCGUUGUCGAGCAACUUCCUGGCAAUGCGGGAGUGGGGCUGCACACCCUGUGGUUGCUAAACGCCCCGUACAUAUUCUACGGCAUCUACAAGCUGGUGUAUCCCUUCAUCGAUCCGGUGACACGGGAGAAGGUGCGCUUCGUGUACGGGAAGGAAGCGGACGCGGAGCUGCUGGCGGCUUUCGACCCGGAGGUGCUUCCCGCAGAGAUUUGCUCCCGGGGCACCGGGCGCUGGGUGUCCGUUCAGGAGCAGUACGAGAGGUUACUGAAGCAGCAGCAGCAACAGCAGGGGCAGCAGACGUGUCAACAACAGCAGGGGCAGCAGACGUGUCAACAGCAGCAGGGGCAGCAGCUGCAGGUGGUGUCCUCUCUCUCGAGGGGAGAAGGGGACGGUCUGCAGUAUGAGGAUUGUGAGCCUGAGCCGCUGGAGGGGCCCUUGGAGGCGGUUGAGUCGCGCAGACCUUUAGAGGUGGUUGCGUGA